CCUCUUUCCAGCUCGCUUUUAAAUUUCCCGUUUUUUUUAGUUCAAGCUUGUUUCCUCUUUGUUUCCACUUUCCUUCAAUACUUGUUACUCCACCCAAAGGGAAUAGCCACUACGACCAUGCAGGCGUCCAGUAUGUCAGGCCACGCUGGGGACCUGGACACCGCUAUCAGCCAGACACAGGAGAAGCUGCAGAAGGAGAAGAACAUGCUGACCAAGACCAAGCAGCUCAUGUCGCAGCUGGCGAAUCCGGCAGUGCGGGCGAACGCCGAGACCAUGAUAAUGGAUGCCGAGCGGCGUGUCAGCUUCCUUCAGGCCGAGCUCGACCGUCUCAUUCAGAAGAAGCAGAACCGCAGCAACCUCCACGCCGCAGGCGGCGGAUCGGCAGACGGCGACCUUUCACCGGGCGGGUCGGUGGCCCGCAGCUCGUCAAGCGGGCGGCCGCAGUCGAUGAUUCAGACGCGGCUGGACCUGCGCAAGACAUCGACGCUGUCUAUCCAAAAGAUCUCGCUCAAGGUGCACGAGAUUGCCUACAAGCUCGAGGUCGAGCGCAAGAUUCGCGACAACGCAAACCGGAUCCGGGCUCUGUACAGCGAUGAUUACCGGCGCGGCAGCAAGGGCAAGAUUGCCCAGAUUGUCGACACGGAGAAGAUGCUGCGCGAAGCCGAGGACCGCAUCCGGCUGCUCGAGUACUCUCUCAAGAUGUACCAGUCGCUGUACGUUGACUACAUCGAUGACGACAACGACACCCUGAACGAGGACGAUCAAGGUGGUCUCAUCCACCAGCCUGCGAUCCGGCGUCCGAUUACGGGCAAGCUGCAGCUUCGCAUUAACCGCGCUAUGUACGUGAAGCGCGCGCCAAUCCGCACAGGCGAUACCCGCAUUGCGCAGCAGUUCAUUGUAGUCAAGGUCGAUGGCAAGAACCGCGGCAUGACGCCUAUUGUGCGCGAAGGUGUGUUCAACCACUACUUUGAAGUCGACGUCAAGAAGGCAUCCGAGGUCGAGCUGUCCAUCUUUGAGCGUGGCGACCAGGACUAUCUGGUUGGUCUGCUGUGGAUCCGUCUGUCUGAUAUCUACGAGGAUAUCCGCAAGCGCGAGAUCAUUGCCGAGUCGUCCGAGGGCUGGGCGACUGCCGACCAGGUGGCCCGUGGCGCGGGCAGUGCGCCUGGCGCCAGUCCCGGCGGGGCUCCAUACGGGCAGAUGCAGCAGGGCGGCGGCUACCCCCAAAUGCCGCACCAGCAGCAGUUCCCUGGCGCCUCGCCUGGCAUGCCUGGCAGCCACGCCGGGCCGGGAGUCCUGAGCAACUGGGAUGUCGAGUCGCAGGGCCAGAUUGAGCUGUGGGUCAACUUUAUCAAGGAGACCCCCAAGCGCCGCCAGCAGUCGAGGCUUGGGCGCAAGGCAGCCGUGCGCAAGCGCCGUGGCCCCUGCACGGAGAUGUGCGGGCACCACUUCUACCCGCUGCAUACAUACACGAUCAUGAAGUGCGCAGUGUGCAGCGAGCACAUUGUCAACGACGUUGGGCAGCAGUGCGACGACUGCCAGCUGUUUGUCCACGAAAAGUGUGUGCCGCGUGUGGUCACGCACUGUCUGUCGGGGCCUGUGCCUGGCGAGGAGGAUCCCACUGAAAUCAUCAAGCACCGGAUCCCGCAUCGCUGGGAGCAGACGACCAACAUUGGCGCCAACUGGUGCUGUCACUGCGGUAUGAUGCUGACCAUUGGCCGCCGUGCGCUCAAGUGCGGCGAGUGUAGCCAGACGUGUCACUCGGGGUGCAUGGCCUGUGUGCCGCAUUUCUGUGGUCUCGACAUGAUGCGGGCCAGCGAGAUGGUGCAGGAGGUCAAGCGGAUGAAGGGCAAGGCUGUGGCCAAGCCCAAGCUGGUUGCCAAGCGCGACACCAUUGCAAAGAAGGCCCAUGAUGCCGAGUCGGUGGAUGCGCUGACGGGCAGGCUGGCGCAGAUGCAGGGCCCGUCGGCCAAUGUGCCGCCAGUGCCUGCUCUCCCGCAGCAGCACCAGCACCAGCACCAGCACCAGCAGCCGGGCAGCCAGGGUCCUCGCCCGGCGCAGCUCAAUAUUGCGCAGCCGAGCCAUCAGCGGGCUGGAUCCAGCGAGUUCAUCCCGAUCAAGUCGCCGACGAAGCCGUCGUACUUUGGCAACCAGCAGCCGCCACCAGCUAGCAACCCUGGGUCUCCUCAGCAGCAGCAGCAGCAGCAGCAGCAGAUGCUGCAGCAGCAACAGCACCAGCAGCGUAUGUCACAGCAGCAGCAGCAGCUAGACAUGCAGCAGCGGAUGAAGCAGCAGCAGAUGCAGCAGAUGCAGCAGCAACAGCAGCGCAUUCCCCAGUACCAGCAGCCGAUUUCGCAGCAGCCGCAGCAGCCCCAGGGCCGCCAGAACAUGUAUGAUAUGCAAGGCGCGGUCCCGCCGGCGCUCCAGGCUCGUCCUCAAGCCCAGCCCCCAGUCCAGCGCGCUGACAUCUCCAGCGACGAGAAGCAGCAGAUCCGCAUGGCCAUGCAGAAGCAGCCGGCGCCCAAGCAGGCGCAGCAGGCCGAGCAGCAGGCGGUGCAGCGCCCGGUGGGCAUCAGCGACUUCUCGCUGCUGAAGGUGCUUGGCAAGGGCAACUUUGGUAAGGUCAUGCUGUCCGAGGAGAAGGCCACCGGCAAGCUGUAUGCAAUCAAGGUGCUCAAGAAGGAGUUUAUUGUCGAGAACGACGAGUUUGAGAGCACCCGCUCCGAGAAGCGUGUGCUGCUGAUUGCCAACAAGGAGCGGCACCCGUUCCUGAUCGGGCUGCACUCGUGCUUCCAGACGCCGAACCAGAUCUUCUUCACCAUGGAGUACAUCUCGGGAGGAGACCUGAUGAUGCACGAGAACAUGGGCUACGGGCAGACCACAAUGACCUUCUGCGGCACCCCCGAGUUCAUGGCGCCCGAGAUUGUGCUGGAGCAGCGCUACGGCCGCGCGGUCGACUGGUGGGCGUUUGGGGUGCUGAUCUACGAGAUGAUUCUGGGCACGUCGCCGUUCCACGGCGAGGACGAGGAGGAGAUCUUUGACUCGAUUCUCGAAGACGAGAUCCUGUAUCCGGUCAAGAUGUCGCGCGACUCGGUGUUCAUCUGCCAGGCGCUGCUGGAGAAGGAGCCGUCGAAGCGCCUGGGCUCGGGCCCGACCGACGCCGAGGAGAUCAAGAAGCACUCGUUCUUCAAGGGCGUCAACUGGGACGACGUGCUGAACAAGCGCAUUGCGCCGCUGUAUGUACCUGAUAUCCGCAACCGCUACGAUACCUCCAACUUUGACCCCGAGUUCACCAGCGAGAAGCCCGGCCUGUCGCCGUCCAACACCAUCAUCAAGGGCGACGACCAGAAGGAGUUCUCCGACUUUGACUAUGUCUCGCCGUGGGCGGGCAAGGCCGAGAAGUGGACUCGCUAAUAAGCUGCCCGCUGCCUCUGGCGGGGGGUUCCAGCCGCCUAUUUCCUAUGUUCUUUUCUUCCUUCCUCUUGCCCUUGCUUUUUCCGUUCUAAACUUUUUAUUAAUAACUCUUGCAGAAUCA